AUGAAAUCCUGCGUGACUGAGUACCCCAGCAUAGAAAACGCCACCGUGUCAUACGACAGAUGGGACGGGAAAUACCCAGCACCACCUGGUUCCCGCGUCAUCUAUACCUGCCCUCAUUCCUCAAGUUUCAAUGACGGGUCGGACGUCCACAAUGCCACGUGUUCCGUUCGGAUAGAUGACACCUGGGACAGCUCCUUUCACGACAGGCAUGUUCGAUGCCAAGUGUAUCCCGAAUGCCGACUGACGAACAUCGGGAUGGAAUACAUGGGGACGAUGAAUGUGACAAAGACAGGAAAACGAUGCCUAAGAUGGAAUUCCGCUGAGGUGAAGCCGUACAUAGAAAAGGAUGGCCAAAUGUCCAAUUUCUUUGGUGAUAUUCCCUCCGAAAUGAACUUUUGUCGAAAUCCGGAUUUCCACGAGAUGCCCUGGUGCUACGUCGAUAACAACGGCUUGCGGGAGGAUUGUUGGAUUCCCCUUUGUGACGAUCAAAGAACCAAAGAAUGCAAAACAACUGCCUCUGGAAACGACUAUAAAGGCUCAAAGAACUGGACCAUUUUUGGUGCACCGUGCCUUCCAUGGACAAAGGCAAUCGAAAUAAUCAAGAAAUCUGGAGAGGAAAGAUUUCUAAUAUAUUCAAUGCUUGGUAGCCCCAUGGCAGACCACAACUACUGUCGGAGCAAUAUCUUGACUCCAUAUGGUCCAUGGUGCUUUAUUGAAUGGAACAAUAUGUUGGGGAAGGAUUAUUAUUCUGUGAUUCAGGAGGACUGCCAUGUGCGUUCAUGUUUUCGUGAAGAAAUGGAGAAGGCAUCUGAGACAGUGGAAGCAAGCAAGUCGAUUGGAGCAGAGGCAAUGCAGAUAUAUCCGGAAUGCCGAAUGACGACAAUGGGGAAGGAGUACAGAGGUACCCAUAGCCGAACACAAACUGGGAUGAAUUGCACUGACUGGAAGACAGUUUAUUCCCAGCAAGCACAGAAUAUGGGAAACGUUUUCCCCGGAUUUUCUUUAUUUCUUUUCCAUUUGCAAUUGCCGGGGUUCGAAAAGCAGAGUGCCGCGAACAGAGAGUACCUCACCGAAUUCAUUUUUAAGCAGGACCUCAAUUAUUGCCGGAAUCCAACGUCAGCCGAGCAGCCAUGGUGCUUUGUUUCCUCUUACGGGCUAUGGGAAUUCUGCGACAUCCCAUUCUGUCCCGGCAGCAAAGGUCUGCGAUCCUUUGGUCUCCGAGGAUACUAUGCUAGAGAGAAACCCGUGGAAUGCAGACUGACUGAAGAGGGAUUGGAGUAUGCAGGGUUCAAGAACCUGGAUGCAGGUGGCAGGAAGUGUCAACCCUGGUUGACGUCCAACGCAAAACGUUUCCAGCUCCUGAACUUCCUCGCUUUCCCUGACGAACGUAUAGACUAUAGUUUCAACUAUUGUCGCAAUCCUGACCCUAACAAUGAAAGUCUCUGGUGCUUCAUUGAAGGAGAAGAAACUUUGAAAGGUCGGGGUCAGUGCAAUGUCCCAUUCUGCUAUCAAGUGUAUGAGCGUUCCGCUCUGGAAGGUAAACCGGCGCAAGGAUACCCGGAAUGUUUGCAGACCAAGAUGGGGAAGGAAUACGUGGGGACGACGAGGAAGACGAUAUCUGGGAAGCCCUGCCUCCGAUGGGACGCUAAGCCCUACGGAAAGCCUGAGGAUUUCGACCCGAAAUUAUCCUACGAUGAUCAUUUCCGAUUUGGCAAUGCCGCAUUGCAUCAAGACUUCUGCAGGAACCCGACGUUGAAGAAGCAACCCUGGUGUUUCGUCGCCGAUCCUGAGAAGAAAUUGGAAUUCUGCAAUAUCCCCCUCUGCCCCAACUACCCCAACAAGACGGAAUGCAAAUGGACGCACAAGGGAGAGGAAUACGCAGGGACUCUCAACGUGACGGUGUCUGGGCGUUCGUGUUUGCCUUGGAGCGACUCUGGAUUACGGGAACAAUUUUGGCCGAGGUUCCCAGAAGACGUGAGCAGCGAGGAUCACAACUUCUGUCGCAAUCCAACAGGGAGAAAGGACCUGGCCUAUUGUUUGAUUUAUUGGAGGGCUAUUUUCGGGCACAACUACCAAGACGAUGGAGUGAAUGCACGCAUCGAAGAAAAACUUGUCAUACCUGAAUUCAACGUCCUUCUGGGAAAAUUUUCACUAAUAUGUAUCAUUGGCGUUCUUCAAGUGACCUGA